AUGCGAAGAUGUUUUGUCAAACGCCAUGGUCGGCUAAAGUUUCCAUUAGGCAACGGCUUUCUAACGGUGGGGCAUGAAUUACAUCCGCUUGUUCCCAGCAAUGAGUUGUACUACGACCCACCAAAACUACGCCACCGCCUUGACAAGGAUGGAUACUUGUAUUUUAAGAACAUUGUUCCCCGCAUAGUCCUCAAUGAGGCGAUGGAUGACUUGGGAAACCAACUGCUGCAGUGCGGCUGGACAACUGUAGAGGACCGGGCGGAGCAGGUGUCACGUGAUGGUGUUGCUCUUGGUGUGCCUUUUCCAUCCACCGGUCAGCUACCGCCGCCACAGAUUAAGUAUACAGAGUCCCUCCGCUCUGCGGUAAGUGGGACGGGAGUUAUGGCUCUCGUUCGGCAGGUUUUUGGAGGUGCUGUAAAUGUGACGGAUGUACAGUCGCUGCACCUUGCCGCACCAAAGGAGACCUUUGGCCUUCGCAUGUCAAGUGUGUAUUUGAACAAGGGGACAAAAUUGGCUCUUGUCGCUCUUGUCCCACUUCAUGACACCCCUUUUCAGAUGGGUACACCUGUGGUGGUGAAGGGUAGCAACUCGACGGAAUCAUACGCGGCGUUGCGAAGGACUUACGGUCAACAUGAAGUGGAGAGCGGUGACAUUCGUGGCGAUGGUUGCUACACGCAUGACCCGCAGGAAUUGUUGCCGUUGGGCAAACAAGGAGGUAUCGAUGAGACAACGGGACGCUCCAUAACGAUUGACGUGAACCCUUUUGUGUCUACGGCGUUUGAAUUGGGUGAUGUGCUUCUGUUAACCGUAUACACCAUGUACGCUUUUCUCACGAACACCACGAACUGUUGGCGCAUCAUGGUGGAGGCUGUGUGGACAAUGGAGGGGGAUGACGUGGGGCCCGAUCCUCGCUACGUGGGUGCGGACGCUCCCGGUCUCAGCACGUGGUACGCCGACCGUGACGAUCCGUCAAAAUACCCACGAACGAUGAAUGAGGCAAAACAGGCCUGGGGGCUUUUGCCGGGUGUUCCUUCGGAGGCGUAG